UGUUUAAACGUAAUUUCUGGUGGGAAAAAAUACGUAUGCAUACACACAAUAUAUGGCUGCCGAUAUGUUAGUGAGCUAAAUAUGGGUUUGACAGCAGGGGGAAGAUUUCGUCAUGGCUGCCUCCUCGACAUAAAUAAAGAGAAACGCUAUUUGUCAGCGGCGGCAGCAGCAGAGCAGGAAGCAGUGAGGCGACCGCAGAGCAGACUGCUGCACGCGAACAGCCAAAGAAAGAUGACUUCCUAAACACAGAGAUUCCGCUAGCAGACUAGAGGAAGCUAAAAGACAUUCACAUCUUACACGACGGAGCUCGGGACGGUGAGAAAUGGAGAAACGGCAGCAUUCGUCGGGUUCAGAGAGUCCGGUGCUGCCGCCUGUCCCGCGUAAACCGAGGAACCUCGGAGGAGCAAUCCCUGCACCUCGACAAGACAGCGUGGAUUCAUUAGACAGUCCUACUGGAUCUCAUGUGGAGUGGUGUAAACAGCUGAUAGCGGCCACUAUCUCCAGCCAGAUCUCUGGUGGUGUCCCUCCAGAAGCCAUUACCCAUGAAUGCAAGGCUGGGAAGAAGAUAGAUUUCAAGGUAUCCAGGAGGCCAAACUUGAGGUCUCAGGACUCUGGUGAAGAUGGCUGUCAGUUUGACAGUGACUAUGAACUGCCAUCUCACACUACGCAGGUUUUCAAGGAUGUACGAAGGCAGGCGCCCAUGGAUGAAGUCCCACUGGUCCCUGGAGAGACAAUCAAAACCGCUGUUAAAGAUGUGAUGUAUAUCUGUCCUUUCACUGGAGCUGUGACCGGCACACUCACUGUCACAGACUACAAACUCUACUUUGUCAGUCUAGAACGGGACACACCGUUCAUAUUGGAUGUGAACCUGAGUGCCAUCAGCAGGUUGGAGACUAUCAGUGUGCAGAGUCUUGGGGAGAAUACUAGUGGCAUGGAGAUCAUCUGUAAGGAUAUGAGGAGUCCGAGGUUUGCUUAUAAAAAGGAAGAACAGAGUAACCUGGAGAUUUUGGAGGUGUUGACCAAGUAUGCCUUCCCCCUGUCCAAUGAGCUGUCCCUAUUCGCCUUCCAAUACAAAGAGCAGUUUCCAGAGGAUGGAUGGAAGGUUUAUGAUCCAGUGGCAGAAUAUAAAAGAAUGGGUUUGCCAAACGAGAGCUGGACCAUCAGUAAGAUCAACAGUAAUUAUGAAGUGUGUGACACUUACCCUGCUCUGCUCAUCACCCCAACCAGUAUUAAGGAGGAUGAGAUCAAACGAGUGGUCUCUUUCAGAGUAAAACAUCGCAUACCAGUCCUCUCAUGGAUCCACCCAGAAACUCAGGCCACUAUAGUUCGCUGUAGUCAGCCCAUGGUGGGCCCGACAGACCACCGGUGUAAGGAGGAUGAGCAUUACCUCCAGGCCAUCAUGGAUGCCAAUGCACAGUCCCAUAAACUCACCAUAUUUGAUGCUCGACAGAGCAUUGUGGCUGAUAAUCACAAGGCUAAGGAUGGAGGUUAUGAGAAUGAACAUUUCUAUCCUAACAUGGACCUGAAUUUCCUGGAGAUCCCAAACAUUCAUGUUAUGAGAGAGUCUCUGCGUAAGCUGAAGGAGGUGGUCUACCCUACCAUCAACGAUCCACACUGGCAUUCAGCCAUAGAUGCCACACACUGGCUGCAGUACAUAAGGCUUUUGCUUGUGGGUGCAGUGCGGAUUGCAGAUAAGGUUGAGUCGAGUAAGAGCUCUGUGGUGGUGCACUGCAGUGACGGCUGGGACCGCACAGCUCAGCUCACCUCUCUGGCAAUGCUGAUGCUGGAUUCACACUACAGGACACUCAGGGGCUUCCAGGUGCUGCUGGAGAAGGAAUGGAUCAGCUUCGGACACAAGUUUGCUGCGCGUGUUGGUCACGGAGAUGAAAAUCAUGCAAACUCUGAGCGCUCGCCUCUAUUUGUGCAGUUCAUAGACUGUGUUUGGCAAAUGAUGAGACAGUUUCCCACUGCCUUUGAGUUUAAUGAGCUCUUCCUCAUCACUAUCCUGGAUCACCUCUACAGCUGUCUGUUUGGUACAUUCCUUUACAACAGCGAACAGGAGCGAGUGGAAAAGGAAGUGAACAGUAAAACGGUGUCUUUGUGGUCCUACAUCAAUAGCCAGCCAGAGGACUUCACCAACCCCUUCUAUGUGGACUAUGAAAACCAUGUUCUGUACCCUCUGGCCAGUCUCAGACAUUUGGAGCUCUGGGUUGGAUACUACGUACGCUGGAACCCCCGCACGAGACCACAGAUGCCUGUGCACCAGAACCUGAAGGAGCUGCUGUAUCUUCGUGCAGAGCUACAGAGGAAGGUGGAGGAGUUACAGAAAGAAGCAUCUUCAUCACGUUCGAUCUCCUCUUCAUCAGAGCAUGCGUAUUCUCCUUCAAAUGGCGGUACACCUCUACACACCUCUGUGUAAAGUACAUGCAACACUCACAUUAGGGAAUUCAUCAUUAACAGAAUGUGUAGGUUACAGUAAACAUAGUAAUGUGAAGUCUAAGUCUAUUGGUCGUUUCUCACUGGAUAAUGCUUUGGGCAAGAUGUAGCUAUAGAGGCCCAGCACAUACACUUGUGAAAACUUGCAUGAACACCCAAAAAAAGGACAGUCUCCCACACAAUUCAGGUUCAUUUCGUUUGUGUGGAACUGCUCUUAUAGACUGAUAACCAUGAAAGCGUUUGAUCGUAAUUGAGUUUAUGAAAAAUAGGCCAGUAUUUUCACUUGCUUUUAACUUGACUUGUAAUUAUUGACACAAGUUUUAAUAAUUUAUUUGUAUGUAGUCAGUGUAAUAUGAGCAUCUUUUUCUAUUUCACAGCAUUUCUGUGCUUUUUCUGUAGUUUUUGUGUAAUAGUUUUUCUUUACUGCCUCAGCAUUGCCUGCCUUUGUGCCAAUACCAGACCAACCUUUUAACUUUUCACUCAAAAAAAUCUUACAUGAACAUCUUAUUCCUCUACCUAUCAGCUUGUGUUCAUAUUGUGUCUUGUGUUCAAGUUUUAAGUUUUAAAAAUACUUUAUUAGAUUUUACUAGAUUGUUUUUUUUUUUUUGUAAGGAAUGGAGUUUUGAAUUGCUAUUGCUUUUGCGAUACUGCCAAUUUGAAGCCACAUACUGUUUUUGUUUUUCUGUAGCACUUGUUAGUAUGAAAGUGGAAUUAGGUUUUAAUGUGCACAGCCUACUACUGCACUACUACUGUACUUUCAUGUACUACUGAAA